AUUCUACCAAAAAUUAGUUGUCAUUUUGAAAAAAAUAUUGCAUUUUUUGGGCCGACCUAGAUAAAUUCAUUCUCUGAAAAGACGCUAAAGAAAGCCCUUUUCUCUGGCAAGUUAGAAUGAGCGCUGCUCUAUCGUAUAGUUUCUAUAUAUAAAUUUUCUCGAUUUACUCAGUUCAUAACCUCAAAAUAUAAUGUCACACAGAGUUUUUUGACUCUAUGAUUAUUUAUAUGCACCAUAGUCAUGGUUUUAGAAUACAUGAGGGAGAUUUCCACCACCCUUAUCAGUUUUGGAUAUUCAAAUUCACUUGAAAUUUUAAUCGCAAUAUUUGCAAUUGUAUCUACGAUCACUUUAAGUCUGUGGCUUCGAAGUAACAGAGCUGAAAAGAUAACAAUGUCAAACAUUUGUGCAGCUGACGGUUGUGUCAAUCAAGUAAAGAAUGACAAUCCAGGGAUUAGUUUAUUCCGCUUCCCGAAGGAGGAGUGUUACAUUGCAGAGUGGCAAAAAGUGUGUAGAAAUAAAAAGAUCAACUCAAAACACGUGUUUUUACAGUAGAAUGUGGAUGCAGUGUUUCCAAGAAUUAACGCCACGUGGUGGGGAUUGGUGAAAGGAGCUGCGAAGGAUGUGCGGUGCUAAUUUAGACGUCACAAAACAGAGAAACCAGAGAGAGAAAAGCAGGCGGGAGACAAAAUAGUUCCAAGACUCGGGAAUUAAUGUCACGGUCAGCCCCAAAAUAGAAUGAACGGAUACUCCUACAUCGUGAGUGUACCCACGAUUAGCCCAAAACAGACUCGCCUCGUUUCAAAAU